AUGGCACACUCUACUAUAUCAAUAUUCUUUUUCUUCUCCUUAUGUUUCUUCUCCUUUUAUUUAAAUGCCCAAACAACCCCUUCAAAACAACUCCAAGCCUUCAUUUUCCCCAUCAAGAAAGAUGGCAAAACCAAUCAAUACUACACUAACAUUCAGUUUGGUUCAAACAGCACCAAACUGAAUGUAGUGAUUGAUCUCGGAGGCAACUUCCUCUGGUUCAACUCUGUCGACUACUUUAACGCUGCAUCCUCGUACCGCCCGAUCCUAUGCGGGUCCCGCAAAUGCCAAAUCGCCGACACCGACGGCUGCAUCUUAUGCAUUUCGGAUCUUCCCGUGCCUGGAUGCACAAACAACACGUGCUCCGACUUCGCGCUCAAUCCCUUCACCGGCACUUUGGGUUUCAGCGGCCUAGGAGAGGACGCCCUGCACGUGCGGUCCGCACGUGGGGCCCACGUGCAGUACACGGUGGAUGAUUUCCCAUUCCAGUAUUCGGAUCCCGUUUUGAGGACGGGCCUCGUGGGCCUCGCCGCGGGUGCGGUUGGGAUCGGCAGGACCGGGAUCUCACUGCAGGCGCAGCUCGCUUCUGCUUUCAAGAUUCGCGAGAAGUUCGCACUCUGCGUUCCGCCAGCUGGUGGUGACGGUAACUUGAUCGUGGGAGAGACGGCUUAUAGCAUUCCUUUUGAAGAAAUCUCGAAGUCGUCGCUUUUCACGACGCCGCUCGUGAAAAAUCCCGUGAGCAUUUCCGGGAAUGAGGUGAUAGGCAAUUUGACACACGAGUACUUCAUCAAUGUCAAGUCCAUUAAAGUUGGUUCGAAGACAGUACUAUCGUUGAACAAGACGCUGCUCUCGAUUAAUAAGAAAGACGGAAGUGGAGGCACGAGUAUUAGGACAGUGAGGCCUUACACAACUCUGCACAAAUCGAUAUACAAGGCUUUGAUCAAAGCGUUUGUGAGGGCUGCUGCAUCCAAGAAUAUUAAGAGAGUGAAAUCCGUGGCUCCGUUAGGGGCGUGCUUUGUUUUGAAGACAGUUACGAGCUCGAAGACGGGCCCACAAGUGCCGACUAUCGAUCUUGUUAUGAAUAAGAAGAAGGGAGUUUUUUGGAGGUUUUAUGGAUCAAACUCAAUGGUUAGAGUUAGUAAAGACGUGACUUGCCUUGCGUUUGUGGAGGGAGGAAUAAAUGUGUCUGGACCGACGACGUCGAUAGAAGUGGGAGGGUAUCAAAUGGAGAAUCAUUUGCUUGAGUUCGACGUGGCUUCUUCGAAGCUCGGGUUUAGCUCUUCACUCUUGCUGCAUAAUACAACAUGUUCUAAGUUUGGUUCUUCCUAA